AUGGCGACGUUUUUGCUCUACGAGAGCGCGUCCGGUUACGCCUUGUUCGAGGCGAAAGACAUGGAUUGGGUCGGGGAUACGCCGCAAUCCGUGGCGGAAACCGUCAAUAACAUGGAUCGUUUCGGUAAAGUGUGCUCGUUGCAAUCGUUCAAGCCGUUUAAAUCGGCCAAAGACGCUUUGGAACAAAUCAACGCCAUCUCCGAGGGCGUUUGCACCGACUUGUUGCACAACUUUUUGGAGCAAAACUUGCCGAGAAUCAAAGACGAGAAAAAGGCAAAGUUCACUUUGGGCGUUUUAGAUUCAAAACUCGGGAACUCGAUCGUAGACAGCAUGAAAAUUCCGUGCGUGUGCAACGACUCCAUCAACGAGAUGACCAGAGGCGUUAGAAUACACUUUGGAAAGUUCAUCAAAGGUUUGAAAGAAGGCGACUACGAAAAAGCACAGUUGGGUUUGGCGCACUCGUAUUCGAGAGCGAAGGUGAAGUUUAACGUCAACCGUUCGGAUAACAUGAUUAUCCAAGCGAUUGCGUUGAUCGACACUUUGGACAAAGACAUCAACACGUUCGUCAUGCGCGUGAGAGAGUGGUACGGGUGGCACUUUCCGGAAUUGGUGAAGAUCAUCGCGGACAACUACAUGUACUGUCGAUGCGCUUUGGCGAUUAAGGAUAAGGCGACGCUUUCCGACGGUCACGUGUCGGCUUUAGCAGAGAUCACCGGAGACGAGGACAAAGCGAAGGAAGUCGUCGAGGCCGCAAAAGCGAGUAUGGGACAAGAUAUCUCUCCGGUGGACAUGAUGAAUAUCGAGUCGUUCGCGAAGCGAGUCAUCAAGUUGGCGGAAUACAGAACGAACUUACACAACUAUUUGAACGAAAAGAUGCAAGCGGUUGCACCAAACUUACAAGCGCUCAUCGGAGACUUUGUCGGCGCGCGUUUGAUUUCGCACGCCGGUUCGUUGACCAACCUGGCGAAAUACCCGGCGUCGACUGUCCAAAUUCUGGGCGCCGAAAAAGCGUUGUUCAGAGCGUUAAAAACGAAAGGUAACACGCCAAAGUACGGUUUGAUCUUCCACUCGCCGUUUAUUGGUAAGGCUUCAUCGAGAAACAAAGGUCGAAUCUCGAGAUACCUGGCCAAUAAGUGUUCAAUCGCCUCGCGAAUCGAUUGCUUCGCGGACGUUCAAACCUCCUUGUUUGGCGAAAAGUUGAAGGAGCAAGUGGAGGAACGCUUAGAGUUUUACGACAAAGGCACCGCGCCGAGACGUAACGUCGCGGUGAUGCAAGAAGUUGUCGAAGCCAUGGGAGGUACUUCGGUCAAUAAGAAGAGAAAGAGUUCCACGGACGACGACUCCAACGGCGGCGGCAAGAAACAAAAGAAGGAGAAGAAAGCGAAAGAAGGAAAGGAAGGUAAGGAGAAGAAAAAGAAGGAGAAGAAAGAAAAGAAAGAAAAGUAA